UUCAACCAUUUUCAUUGAUUUGAAUUAAAACAUGUUCCCAGUAACAUUGAAUACAUUUUUUUUCUCAGUGAAUGAUGAGCUCGUGAGUAACAUUGGCCGUGGACUAUGUGUUUUGAUUGGUAUUUCUCAGAAUGACACAAAGGAAGACGCCAAUUACAUAGCCCGUAAACUGUUAAGUAUUCGUUUAUUCGACGACGAUGCCGGCAAACGGUGGCAGAAGAGUGUUAAGGACUUGCAGUAUGAAUUACUUUGUGUUAGUCAAUUUACUUUGUACAAUCGGCUGAAGGGGAACAAGCCGGAUUUCCAUUUGGCCAUGCAAGGUGCCGAUGCAUCGAAUUUAUACAACUUUGUUCUGCAGCAACUUGGCGACCAAUAUUCAGCGGACAAAAUCAAAGACGGGAAAUUUGGCGCUAUGAUGCAAGUUCAUAUACAAAAUGACGGUCCAGUCACUAUUGAAAUUGAAUCGCCGAAGAAAGAGAAUGAAAAUGCCAGUAAAUAAAUUCGAAAAAUUGUUUGGAAAUUCAAUUGGAAUGAAAAUUUAUGAAAUAAUUAUUUUAUAUAAAAAAAAAUGAAGAAUUUCAGUAAAGAAACGAUUCGUGAGACGUAAAA